UCUGAGAAGAGAUGAGCAAAAAGAGGCCAUUAAUUGAUGAGACGGAUAGGGAUGAGAGGUCUGGAGAGGACGAUCACGAGUGUCCCGACUCUCUGACAGCAAUGGCUGUACCGAAGGAUCAACUCUUUAGACCCAAACUGUUUAAGAGCUCGAAGAAUGACACCAAACGACUGAUCGUUAUAUUAGAGAAAUGCAAUCUCGAGAUCGUUAAGACUCACCACGACUUUGAGCUCAUGAAUUGCGAUCAACACAUGUCUUAUAUCCGCAAAUUCAAGAAAGAUCCGGCCUUUUGUCGCCCAGACAUCACUCAUCAGUGUUUACUAAUGCUGUUCGACAGUCCCCUGAAUAGGGCGGGCCUUUUGCAGGUGUAUAUGCACACCGACCGCAAUGUACUCAUUGAGAUCAGCCCUCAAACCAGAUUUCCCCGUACUUUCAAACGCUUCGCCAAUCUUAUGGUCCAAUUACUGCAUAAACUGAGUAUCCGUUCGGCGAACGGACCGCAAAAGUUGCUGAAAGUGAUUAAAAAUCCCAUUUCAUCGCACCUUCCGGUCGGCUGUAAGAAGAUUGGCACCAGUUUUAAGGCCGACAAACUCGUCCACCCGAGAGAACUCGUGCCCACCGAUGACGCGCCCAUCGCUAUUGUGAUCGGGGCUAUGGCUCACGGGGCGGUUGAAUGCGAUUAUAUCGAGGAAAAUGUGUCCGUAAGUGAAUAUCCGUUGUCGGCAGCGCUCGCGUCCACUAAAAUAUGUUCCGCUUUCGAAGAGGUCUGGAAUAUACACUAAAACAUUCACUUUUAUGUUCCCAUUAUUAUUAGAAAUAAUAUUAUUUAUACAUUAUUUUGAAUGUCAAGUAAAGUGUAUUUUAUUUUAUUA